AUGCAGGAGAGGCAUAUGCUCGGACCGCAGACCCUUUAUGCAAGGGACCAGGUGCAGCCGACGCCUUGGAUGCAGCAGCAGUUCCAAACUCAACAGGCUCGGCAGCACCAGUUGCCACAGCCCUCUCAACCACGGCAGGCGAUGCCGAUAACCCCACAGGUGCCUCCAGCAUUUCCGCAAGCUUGGCAGCCGCAGCAGGGACAGCAGAUGCCAGGAUACCAAGCGCAGCAGCAACAUCCAUAUGCUGCGUACCAUGCCCAGCAUCCCCAAGCGCAGCAGGCGAGGGAUGAGUACUAUUCUCGACCUGGCCAAGCACCCAUCAGACUGCCAGCGCUCGACCCUGACCCCGACCCGGCUUAUCUCCGCGAGUUUGCUCUAAAGGCUGCCAUGAUGGACGGAGCCAUGACGGGUUUCGGCACAACCGGCGCAGGGUCAUCUCCCUCGUGCUCCCCCUAUGCAUCUCCUUCACACCACGACUGCGAUGACACGGCCAUGGACGAGCGACAGCUUGCCCUAGCCAUCCAAAAUCCCAGGAUCACUGAGCACUUGGCGGCUGGCCUCUUUCGUCGCAUGGACAAGAGUUGCGAUGGGCGGCUCAGCUAUCAUGAACUGCUGAGAUUCCUUCCCAUCCUCUACCAGGAGCUGGGCUUGUCCUUAGUAAAAGACACAACGACGCAUCAAAAGCUGGUGCGCAAUCGUAUGCGAAAGUUCGAUCACGACGGCGACGGAUGCCUCGACCAAGCAGAGUUCCUGCAGCUGUACAGGUGGACCUUGCAUCGGAAGUACGAGGACUUAAAGCCUCCGAAGUUCGCACGCAGUGGCUUGCUGCGUGGGGCAAAGCCUGGAGUCCCGGCACAGUUUUACCACUUCGGUGCCAUGCUAGGACAGGGCAGCUUUGGCAUUGUGCACAGUGUGACUCAGAAGGCCACUGGCAUCAAAAGAGUAAUGAAGACGGUAAACAAGAUGAAGCUGCAAGAGAGCAACACACCAAUCGCUUGCCUGGAUCAAGAGAUCCAGCUCCUUGCCAUGCUGGACCACCCCCGGAUCCUCCGACUCUACGAGUGGUACGCAGACUCCGAGAACGUCUACAUUAUCACCGAUGUCUGUGAGGGAGGGGAGCUUUUCGACCUGGUCAAGGCCAGCAUCGAUCAGAAGCAGCCCAUCCCGGAGGAAUGGGUGCGCCGCAUUUUCCUUCAGGCAACGGAGGCCAUAAGCUACUGCCAUGAGAAGGGUGUGAUGCACAAGGAUCUGAAGUUCGAGAACCUUCUCCUGCAGAAAAGCGUCUCCAGCACAUCCCGACUGGAGGACGUAAACAUUGUGGUCAUUGAUGUGGGCCUUGCCGAGCUCUUCGGCCCCUCCCACGGGAAGGGCAUGCGGUCCAGCGCUCGCAGCGGAACCCUGACGACCAUCGCCCCCGAGGUCCUCCAAGGUGACUUCUGCUACAAGUGUGACGUUUGGAGCUUGGGCUGCAUGCUCUUUGCUGUGUUUAACCCGCAGCCAUCAUACAUACCUGGCCCAGAUGGCAAUCCGAUACUUUGCCCUUAUCCCUUCCAUCCGCAGCCGACUGAGAGGGACCGGCUGGGCUUGGACGUGCUUAUGCAGCAGCAGCGAAAGGGUCCUGAUCUGCGGCGUUUGACUGCCGGCCACGCUCUCAAGGACCUAGUGGGUAGAAUGCUCUGCUUUGAGGAGGAGCAGCGGCCGUCCGCCAAGGAAUGCUUGCGCUCGUCCUGGCUGGGAUCGGGAGGCAACACGCCGCUCGAGAACCAGGCCCAGUCGAAGCAGGAGAGUCUGAAGAUCAUGAUCUCGCCAGUCAUCGACCACGACCGGGAGCAUAGGACAUGGUGGCGGGCUGUGGCCGUCCAGGCCGCCGCGCAGCUACCAGGUGGCGUCCUCGAGUCUUUGGCGAAGCUGUUCCGGGAGGCGCACGAGGGCCAAACGGAUGGAGCCAUCGAGAAGCACGCCCUUGUACAGAUGCUCCGGAGACUGAAGGUUAGCCCUGAGCUCGCCCAGAGUGCUGCAGACAUGGCAGACUUUGAUGGCGAUGGUCUCAUCGAGUUCAGCGAGUUCGUUGCUACCUGCUUGCCCUCCGCACGUGAGCUGUUUGCAGUGUCCUUGCAGAUGGCAUUCCACAGCUUUGACACAAAUUCCGACGGUACGCUCGAUCGAACCGAAAUCGCGCAGCUCCUCCAGAGCGGGCAGAUCGAGGAAAACCAUCUGCCCAAGACAAAGACUGUGCAGGAGAUGGUGGAAGAGUUGGACCUCGAUCAUAACGGCGUGAUCUCGUUCAGCGAGUUCCAGCACUACUUCAUGAACGUUGAUGCCGGACAUGCUUGA